AUGGACUCCGAGCUUCGCGCGUCAGAAGGUCGACCUUCGCGCAAGCGCAAGAUCAUCAGCUACGCCGAGAUUGACGAAAAUACCCCAUUCGGGUCUCCUUCGCCCCCGAGAACGAAAAAGAAGAAGUCCAUCAAGACCACCGAAGCCGUCGAUCUCACGGCAGAUUCACCCAAGAAAGCGUCUCCGAAGAAGAAAGAGGGCAAGCGCGCCAGCGAUGCACCUGCCGAAGAGAAGCGCCGCAAAACAUAUCGCUCUGAAGCACCACAGUCCUACCUCACUGUCAAGGAGAGAGCUAUGACACAACGUCUUACCGUUCUCUCCCGCGAGCGCUGUGGAACCGACAAUGUGCCGGAAGAGAAGGUUCUCAUGGCAGGUUCGACCGGGCAAUGUCUACACACAGAGAAUCAAGCUCGUCCCAAGCUGUUCGGAAACCAGUGCAAGCACAUCAUCUACAUCAUGUUGCGCGUACUGAAGGCUCGUGAGGAAAUUGCCUAUCAGCUGGCGCUCACAACCUCAGAGCUGCGAGAGCUUCUCAAGAACGCACCACCUAUUCCCGGCGUCGAGACGGAUCUGACGGAUGCAAAUGGCGAACAGGACGGCAACCGCAAGCCUAUCGAGGGUGAAUGCCCUAUCUGCUAUGACGACCUCGAGCCUGGCAAGGACGCUAUCGUAUACUGCAAGGCUAGUUGUGGCAACAAUGUUCACAAGGAUUGCAUGCAGAAGUGGAUCGCAAUGACAAGAGACAAAGCAACAUGUCCAUACUGUCGCGCUACAUGGGCAGCGGAGGAUGGCAAGCUUGGCGGUCUCGAUACAAAAGGUUUGAAGAAGAACAAAGAAGGCUACAUCAACGUCGCUGGACAAUUGGGUUUGGAUGGACAACGUGACUAUUCAACCUAUAGAAGGGGAGGUCGGCGCCGAAGCGACUUCGAGGACUUUGACGGCUAA